AUGCCGAUGGCUCUAGCGGCGCUCGUCACCUUGAGCCGAAUCCUCGUGGUCGCUUGCUUCCUUCAUGUGUCCCAAGCCAGGUCAUCAGCAGAUGCUAUUAGAAGCAUCCAAGUCUUAGGAUUGAAUGAGACAAAAGUGAUGCAAAGUGUGACCUUCUCUCUGCAUAUCACUGGGAGUUCUCCUCUGACUUUAUGCUGGCUCAUCAAGCCAGACUGUGUUCCACUAGAAGGAAAUGAGUGCCACCUGGUGGUGGUAAAUGGCACCUCUUACAACAUUAACCACAUCUUCAAGGAUCCAGGACAGUACUGCCUCAGUGUCAGAGUCCAGAAGGGCAUCAACCAUCUGCAUCAGUAUCACCUGAUUAAAGCCUUGGCCCCUAGCAUCCACCCAGCUUUCUUUGCUUUGCCCUGUGUCUUACUCAUCUUGGGAAUGUUGAGUUUCAUCAUAUAUGUGACCUACCGGAACAGUACCCAGCACAAGGACCUAGUAGAGGUGGCUGAUUUCGACUUUUCCCCAAUGUCUGACAAGAGCUCGACUGGUUUGGAGCCUGACAAAUGCUGUAUGUGGCUGUGCUGCUCUUACUGCUUCCUCUGCCCACUUUCACAUCAUCAGAAGACCAUCAGAGAGUCUCAUGCACUGCUGCAUCCUUUCUAUAAGCCAGCCAAAAGCUAUUCGGUGUGAACAACAAACCUAGCUGGUCCAUUUAAGUUUUAAGUGUCUGCUGACCUCAAGCCUUGGGUAGAGUGCAGAGCAUCAGCUGGCGUAUAUGGUUUAUUUUUGCGGAGCAAUUUGAAAUCUAAAAACGAUGGAGUUCAGUAACAUAGAACUAUCCCUUAUCAUCCUGUGCCAUGGGAACUGAAAACAUGUCUAAUUGCCUCAAAUCUUUGAUAUCCACUCAGAUGGGUGUGGCAUGGCUGCAGUGUAUGCUGGGCCUUUUGUCCCGGGGCUCUCUAGGUGCACAUGUUUACCUAUCUAAACUGUUUGGAAUUCACCCACCAAUGACUGACCAAUUACUGACUGGUUUUAAAAAUGUGAGGAAUAAGAUUAAUUUAAAAAUAAAUGUACCUUCUAAUAUGUUCUCCAUCUGGCAGUUCAUGUGCAGUUGCUUUAGGGAGAGGUAUGGACUGGUACAGGAAAUUCCCCGGAGAGAAAACUCCUUUUACCAGAUCUGGUCAGC